UUUACAAGACCAAUUACUAGGACAACAGCUAUACAUGAUCUCCUUUUAUUAAAUAACCUCAGCAAGCAUUAAGUUGUACGUAUACAUGCACGCAAUUUAAUCUUUGGCAUCACAUUUGCAAUGCCUCAGGAAGGCUGGAAAAAAUGAGUCAUGAUCACAACCUAGUAGCCCACAGGAGUACUUUAGUUUAGGAUUAUUUUAUAUAAAUAAGUAGGUACACAGGCAGAAGGGUAAGCUAGGAUUACAUAGUAUAUCAAGCGAAGUCACCUUAUCUUCUAAAUAUUUGCUUUUGUUCUGUAAUUCUAGGGACACCCAGAACAGAAGUAAAUAAAGCUCCUGGACUAUAAGUUUUUUCUUUUUGUUUUUUGUCUGUCAGCUAGACUCUUCUCGGUCUUCCUGAGCGAGCAAGAGCACAGUGCCCGUAGGGCCUGUUCAAUGUCCCCCCUCCGCACGCGCGCUUCCAUGCUCGGGUGGAAGUCGCCCGCUGCAGUCGGCGGCGUCUUCUGUCUGACUGCACGCGCACAAGCGGCGGCUGCUUUGCCCCCCUCCCCCUUGUUGUCCAUACUCCACUGCCGUUUCCUCCCCUUCUCGGUGCUCUGUUCAAGGACGAAGCGGGCUGCCCACUCGGCCUCUGCUCGCCUGUGGCACCCAUCUCCAAAACGACAGAGUUGACGAGGCGGCGAAAGAAGCGCGCCUUUUCCUCUUGGCUGGAAGCUACCGCAGCAAGCUGAAGAUUGGUGAGCAAGAGGGAACGGAGGGCAGCGGCACGGGCGAUGAAGUGAGAAAAUAUCCUUAUAAUUUCUGUGCCCAGAUAUGGAAUCAAUUUCUAUGAUGGGAAGUCCUAAAGUCUUAAAUGAAACUUUCUUACCAAAUGGUAGAAAUUACAUCAAGAACACCAGUAAGCUUACAAUUGGCAUAAUUGGAAGUGGGGACUUCGCUAAAUCCUUGACAACUAGGCUUAUCAAGUGUGGGUUUCAUGUGGUAAUAGGAAGCAGAAACCCUAAAUUUGUGGCGGAAUUCUUUCCCCAUGUUGUUGAUGUCACUCAUCAUGAAGAUGCUAUAGCAAAAGCAAACAUAAUUUUUAUUGCUAUACGCAGAGAACACUAUGCAGCUUUGUGGGAACUCAAACAUCUACUUGUUGGUAAAAUCCUUGUAGAUGUCAGCAACAACAUGAAAAUUAAUCAGUAUCCAGAAGCCAAUGCGGAGUACCUGGCAUCCCUUUUCCCAGAUUCCUUUGUUGUUAAAGGGUUCAAUGUUAUUUCAGCAUGGGCACUACAAGUAGGACCAAAAGAUGCAAGCAGACAGGUUUACAUAUGCAGUAACAACAUUCAAGCUCGAAAUCAAGUUAUUGAACUUGUUCGUCAGCUCAGUUUUAUUCCUGUUGAUUUGGGCUCUUUAUCAUCUGCAAGGGAGAUUGAAAAUUUACCUCUUCAAUUGUUCACCCUGUGGAAAGGACCAGUUAUAGUGGCUGUUGGCCUAGCCACCUUCUUUUUUAUCUAUUCUUUUAUUAGAGAUGUAAUACACCCUUACGUGAGAAAUCACCAGAGUGAUUUUUAUAAGAUUCCUAUUGAGAUUGUGAACAAGACAUUGCCAGUUGUUGCAAUUACUUUAUUAUCUCUAGUGUAUUUAUCAGGGCUCUUGGCAGCUGUUUAUCAACUUUAUUAUGGCACUAAAUACAAAUUGUUUCCAUCCUGGUUAGAAAACUGGCUGCAAUGUAGAAAACAGCUUGGAUUACUUAGUUUUUUCUUUGCAACAGUUCAUGUUGUUUACAGCCUCUGCCUGCCUAUGAGGAGGUCAGAACGAUACCUGUUUUUAAAUACAGCUUAUCAACAGGUCCAUGAAAAUAUUGAAAAUUCCUGGAAUGAGGAAGAAGUAUGGCGAAUUGAAAUGUAUGUCUCUUUUGGAAUAAUGAGCCUUGGGCUGCUAUCUCUGUUGGCUGUGACUUCCAUUCCAUCAGUAAAUAGAUCAUUAAAUUGGAGGGAAUUCAGUUUUAUUCAGUCUACACUUGGAUACGUCGCACUUCUCAUAAGUACUUUCCAUGUAUUAAUUUAUGGAUGGAAAAGAGCCUUUGAAGAAGAAUGCUACAGAUUUUACACACCACCAAAUUUUGUUCUUGCGCUUGUUUUGCCUUGCAUGGUAAUUCUGGGUAAGGUAAUUUUGCUUCUACCAUGUAUAAACAGGAAACUGAGAAAGAUCAGAAGAGGAUGGGAAAAAAGACAAUUUAUAGAAGAUGGAAAUGGAUCCGAUUCAUAUCCCUCACCAGAAAGAAUUACAGUCAUGUGAUCAUACAAUGAAAAUAUUACCACAAUAUUUGUCCCUUUAAAUGUCUGUACCUAAUACUGUAUAGGUUUUAUUUUAGACUGAAAUAUCUCAGGCAUUGUGAUAUUAUCAGAAUAUAAGCAAUACAGGCGAAGGCAGACACUGCAUUUUCAGCAUAAUAGAUAAAAACUACUAUAUUUUGAAGAAUUUGAUUUGUGGGAUAUUUAAGCCACUCCUGCCAUUCCAAGAUUAAGUUUUAAACAAAUUUAGCAGAUAACAAGUUCCACUGAAUUCAGUAAACUUUAUUCAGGAUAAAUCUCUUUUGAAUGGAUUUGCUUGCAACCAAUUAGAUAUAGAGUCAUUUAGCAUACAAGACUCAAUAAAGAGGCCUCAGAGCGACAAUCACAUAUACUGUAUACAGUCCUCUGAAAGUUGUCAGCAAAUUAUAAUUACUUUUCGGAUUUUUAAUGCUAUUAAUGACAAUUUUAAAUUAAUCAAAUGUAAACCUUUUUAUUCAUUAACUUGUAAGUAAACAAAUAAAACAGCAUACAGCUAUUCUGAAACCAUGAUUAUAAAUUCAAUAAAACAUAAAUCACAGCUGGUAAAUAUAUAUCAUUUAUCCAUUUAAUACAGCUAUAGCUAGUUCUCACCACUACUGCAGACUCCUAAGGACAAUGGCACAAGUAAGGCCAGAAGAGUAGUUACCAAUCUGAAGGCCAGAAGAGUAGUUACCAAUCUAGGUUCCUUAUUCUAGUCCUGCCUGUUCAUUGGGCAUGGUCUGUCAUAAAGGCCAAAUCUAUUUCUUGGUUCAAACUAAUGUAGAGCUAUUUUAGAUUUCAGCACUUCAAGAGAUAAAUUUACUAUACCAACUUUUAUCUAUUUGCUCUUCUGCUUUCUGGCUUGCAUUCUUAAUGCUCUGAUUAGUAAGCUAAAGAUGAGAUAUAUUUGAUAUCAGUAUCUGAUAUCAUUGGCAGUUGAUAUUACUGUUAGCCUUUAGAUCCUCUGAAGUGUUUUUUCCCCUUGAUCCAGCAAUCUCUGGAGUCAAAAGUGUAGCUGAAUCUAGCCAUUAUUUAAAUUUCAUAUAGUAUCCAAACCAAACAUAUUGGGAAAUUAUGGAAAAUUAAAAAGUUAAGCAGUGCAACUGGAUGGGAGCACUUCCACUGGAUCCAGAUAAGGCCACCCAAGUCCAUCUCCUCCACUUAAAAGAAAGGAAAAAUGAAAGUGCAGUUACCUGCUAAAAUGAGAAAUAUAAAAGUGUACAAUAUGGUGGUUCUUCUAUUUUGAAUCUGGGACUUUCUUUGCCUCAAAACAGAGAAGUAUAUUCAAAAGUUUUUAUUUGAAAAUUUUAAGAAAUCCAUUAUAGAUUUAGUAUUUACCGUAUAACUUUGUUAUAAUUAAAAGCUAUUAAUUUCUUUUAAAUGUAAAAACAAACAAACAUUACUGUUGGUCAAUAAAGGAAAUGCCUAGUUAUUAAGAUUCAACCAAAAAGUGAUAAAUGUUGAAUUCUCCAGGACUGUUCAGCAAUCAACAUAUCUCCCAUAGAGGGGAUUAAAGCAGAUACUUUUUAAAAAAAAAAAGCAUAGUCAGGUGUUUUUGUCUCCCCUGUACCCCAUAAAUAGCAUAGAUUGAGAGUCAAUAAUCUCUGUGUUGGAGUCUUGGGAGUAAAUGAGUAAAUGCAAAAAAAAAAAAAAGCAAGCCCAGACAAUUCCAAAUACCUAACCCUAAACCUGACCUACACUGUGUUUUAUGCAAGGAAUAGCAGCCAUUAAUUUGUUUCUGAAUGCUAAGUAUAACCUAACAUGCUUCAUCCACAACUUCCAUAUUAGAUCUAUUUAAUUACAGACAUCUGGUCUUGUUUUUGGAUUUUUUCACUUACCCCUUAUUGUCUUAUUGUAGGAUUUUGUUAGAAUUCUAAGAAAACUUGGUAAACUUAAACAAUAUUACGUAAUAUGUUGAAUGGUACCUACCUAUGGUUUUUGAUAUCUAAAUUAGCCAAAGGAUUGCUAUUAGCAGAUAGAAUAAAGCAGAACUAUGUGUGAAGCAUCUAAACUAAGCUUAAUGACGGCUGUUUAAACAAUAACUGUUUCAAUUAUAAAUAUAGCAGGAAAUAUAUGUAAAUGUAGACUCAAUCAUCCAGGUCAAAAGCAUGUAAAAAGGUUAAAUCACGGCAACUGGAUCAAAGUUUAUUAAAUUUAAUAAACUUUAUUAUUACAUUUAUUCAUUUUAAUAAACUUUGGCCCAGUUGCCAUGAUUUAACUUUUUUACUUAGUAGGAAAAAAAAUUGAUUUUUGAGGGCAGCCAGCAAUAUAUCCUAUACUAUGAUGAAUGUGAUAAUUUAUUGAAUUACCAAAUAUAACCCAUAUUUUCCAUACAUGCACACAAACAUAAAAUUUCACUCAGAACAACUGAAAUAUAAUAAGUUUAGUUUAGGGAAGCAUUUUCACAACUGUUAUAGAUAGUAAGGAUACUAUGAAUGUAGAACAUCUGAUUGAAAGCUCUAACAAAUUAAUCAAAUAGGAUAGAUCUAAAGUUUCCAUUUACAUCACUAUAUCACUAAAUAUUCCAAAGUAGAGAUGCAAAAGUCUAAUAUUUAUUCUCUUGAUGUAUAGAUGCAGAUCACUAGAAUUCAGCAGCCAUCAUAUUUACUUAAUAUACAUCUUGAUUAUGAUAUAGUGACACAUAUAAUAGAUGGAAAAGUACCAAUGUAAAUUAUCUUGCCUUAAUUUUCAAUAGUCAUAGGCAAUACCUCCUGGCAUUCACUUACUGUAUCUCCAUCCUGAGAGCUUUUGAGUAAAAUGAAGUAUUCAAGUAUAGCAUUCGAUUAUCUUAACAUAAUUAAAAAGACUAUAUUCUUUGGAAUACACCAAGGUACUGUUGGCUACCUGUAAUGUUUCCUGUGAUAUUAAUAGUAUAUUUUAAAUUUAUUGUGCUUUAUUAAAUGUGCUAUUUAUUGUGUUUUCAUAAAAACACAGUCAGUUUCUACAAUGAAUCUGCUAAAAUAAAAUGUACAUAAAUGGAUUAAUAUUAAUUCCAUUUUUGAAGCUUCACUUGUAGGUUUUUAAAACAUUCAAAUAUCAAAAUCUGGAUCAUUAUUCUGUUUUUUGCUAACAUGUUCCUUGCUCCACCAGUUAAGUAUGUUCUGCUAUUGCCAUUUAAAGUCAGUGAAGAUGCUGAAAUGCACAGCCAAAAUAAAUGUUAUUUGUUAAGUUCUUUAAAAAUCUGAAGCAACCUUCUGUAAUUUUAUAGUACAUCAUCUGUGCAAAUAUUUUUCUAAGGAGAGUAACCAGGCAAUCAACAUUCAGUUGAGCUACAAAAAGUGGGCCCUGCAUUAAUGGGAAAAUGUUAGGAAGAAAAAAUAAUGUAAUACAGUCUAUUGGGAAAUUUUAUCAGUAUUGCAACUGCGGAAACAAAGAUUAACCUUACUACCGUGUUUCCCUGAAAAUAAGACCUGGUCUUACUUUCUUUUGGGCUCUGAAGUACUAGGUUUUAGUUUCAGGGAGGUACUUUUUGCUGGUACUAAUGUCAGUAGGCCGCAAGUGCACAGAGGUGGGAUGGGGCCUGUACAUGGGGUGGAGAAGCAAUGUGGUGGAGAGAGUAUAGUACCAGAUAUAGUGCCGGUGCGGCCGUGGUGGGUGGUGGGAAAGGCACUGUGCCUGGCAUGGGGUGAGUCGACCCAGAUCCGGACUGCUGCCUCGCCACUGGCCUGCCAGGUCUCUUUGCCAGUGGCCACCGGUGGAACCAUGCCGCCCACGCCUCUGUUUUUGGGCUGCUGAGCACCAGCCUGCACACCUACUUGGUGCUGCAGGCGCUGGGCUAAGGGCUGACCCUAGUGCUCUUCAGCCCUGCGAGCACUGCAGUUCUCAUGCCAGCUAGGCGCUUUUGACCUCUACUGGCUGCUUCCGCUGGAUUGCCUUCUGCCUGGCCGGCUGUUGCUGCUGCCACCAUAAGGUCAGGAGUCGAGGCAGGUGGUGGUGGGUGGUGAAGUUGCUUCCCUCCACCUGCCAGACACCUUUCAAAGCCACGAAUGGUAAGAUUGCCGCCUUCUGCCACCCAGAUGCCCUAGCCUCCCCCACUAACCUGCCUUUGAAUUGCAUUGUGUUUCUCUGUUGCUUCUCAGCCUUUGCCAUUGUUUGUGGGGGGAAAAAAGUUCAAUUAGACUUUCUAAUCACAAGAAGUUAAAAAGUCUGAUUGAACUUUUUUUUCUCCCACAAACACGCAUGAAGGCUGAGAAGUGAACAGAGAAAUGCAAUGCAGCUGAAAGAUUAGUAAAAAAAAAUGCUUGGGGGAAGCUAGUGCAUCUGGGGGGGGGCAGCAAUCUUACACGGUUUUGGCAGGUGUCUGGCAGGUAGAGGAAAGCAACUCCACCGCCACCUGCCUUGAUUCCUCACCUUAUGGUGGCAGCAACAGCAGUCAGUCGGGCCGAAGGCAAUGCGGCAGAAGCAGCCUGUAGAGGACAAAAGUGCCCAGCCAGCAUGAGAGCUGCAGUGCCACCAGAUCUGAAGAGCGCCAGGUUCAGCCCUUAGCCCAGCGCCUGCAGCACCAGGUAGGCAUGCAGGCUGGCACUCAGCAGCCCAAAGAUGGCGGCGUGGGUGGCACGGUUCCACCAGCAGCCACUACCGAACGGCUCUGGCAGGCAGCAGCCCAGCCGUGCAGCCCAGAGUAGCACAGCCAGGAGGGCAAAGAGCCCCACAAGGCCCAAAGCAGCACGGGAAGCCACUUGGCAGUCACAUGGCACCUGAUGUGGUCAAGAGGUAUCCCAGCAGCAGUAGGGUCAGCAGGCAGGGCAGACGGAGUCUGGGGCUUGCCAAGGGUUUAGUUUGUUGUGGCCGCAGGCAAGCAGACGGAUGGAGAAGUCGGGGCCAGCAGUGGCCACUGGUGAAGUGCCCUGGCAGGCCGGGGGCAGGGGGCGCUCUGGUGAUUGCACAUAAGAUUUGGGCUGACUCGCUCCGCCCCGCGCUAGGCCUUACUUUUGGGGUAGGGUUUUUAUUAGGCCCACCCUCAAAAAAAUCAGCUGAGGACUACUUUUGGAAUAGGGUUUACUUUCGGGGAAACACGGUAUUCAUUAUCAUCACGAUUAAAUAAUGUACAUUUAGUUUCUUUUCAUCCUUUCUUAAAUAAUGGCAAAACACCAGGUGUAUGUGAAAAAUGUAUUCACUGCUCACCAUCAUUUUGUAUAUUAUUUUAGAAUCAACAGACAGUGGAACACAUAUUAUUUUGAAUUAUUUUCACACUUUACAUUAGAUUUGCAGUAUUUAAAUGCUUUUUGUAACAAUUAUUACAUAGUAGAUAAUAAAAUGUUUAAGUAACUUUUUUAUCAUUAAGAAUCAGUACUUGUUUUCUAAUAUUUAUAAGGCCAGCAAGAAUAAAAAGCAACAUUGAUAUUGCUAUUAUACCUAUAGAAUGGAAGUUUAUAUAAAUGAGAGAUAGGAUUAUUUAAUUUGCUUUCUUCUGUUUUUAUUAAAGCUGGACUGAAUUUGUUAAAUUCAGCAACAUCUUUUUUCAAAUUUAAGCAAUUGCUGUGCUCACGUGAUAUCAAACACUUUGAAUCAUUGUUGAUGGGUGUAUAGCCAUGCCUACUAGACUGGUACAGUUAUUAUAUGAAUGAUAUUAAAUAGGAAACAGUAAUUAACAUAAUUUUAUAUGGAACAUAAAGGUCUAAACUCUUAUAAACUGAUUUGAUUUUUUAAGAAUAUACUAACAGUCAAAACUCUAAAAAGUGGAAAUGAAAAAAUUAUCCCAAACAAUUAAACAAAUCAAUUUAAAGAGAAACUUUUAAAUUCUUGUAUUUACCAGCCAUUUCUUGAAUGAUCUUUUUCUUCCUUUAGCCAUGACUGACCUUGUAUAUGCUCUAUGCUAAAUUUCAGGUGGUUGUUUCAGCUCAUCUUAAAUUUUAUCAUAUUUAGAAUAUUAGAUGUUAAAAUAUUUUACUUUCAUAGUUGUGCAAUAGCAGGCUUGGCUUUAAACAACCUAUUAAUAUAAGUGGAUCAUGACUAAGUCUGGGAUAAGCUCAAACAUCCUUAUUUGUUCACAGUUUUCCUGCAAUUUUAUUAAAUAUAUUUAAAAAAUAAAUUAGAAAUAUGGUGAAAAAGUACCAGAAAAGGUAACCUACAGAAACAUAAGUAAACUAUCACCAAAAAUUCUAAACAUUUAUCAUCCUAAUUAUAUGAUCUUAUACUAAAACUAUCCACAUAAAUUCCAAUUGUUUUCUAAUGUGAGCCACCAAACAUUUUUUAUUUUGUUGUUUCUGUUCUGUGAGUGGAAUAGGUAAACCUGAGUAAAUCCUCAACAUAAUACAAAGUACAUGUAACAGUUAUUAGUGCUGCCUCAUGUUUGACCACUGUGUAAUGUAAAAUAUCUAUAGUCAUUAACAGACAUAACAGGAAUUUUUUAGGGUUCAUCAGACCAAAAUGAAGAUAAACAUUUCUACUGUCCAAAGUCCAUUAGGCAUGGAGAGCUAUAAUAAAUUUAAAUAAAUCAAUACAAUUCACAAUGAAGGAAAUUUCAUCCAUAUAAUUUUCAAUAAAAUUUAUAAUAAACUGUUGAUCUCUUGCUCCCCAAUAAGUACUUUAUAUUGCAUUGAAUUAAGUAAUGCUGUCUUCUAAAUAAAUAUACUUGGAAUUAGAUUGACUAGAUUCUGUGAACUGUUUUCUAACUAUCAGACUCCCACAAGGGAAUUUAUUAUUAUAUGCCCAAAAAAUAUAAAUACUUACACUAUAAACCUUACUGCAAGUCCAGAAUCUUUGAUUAGUAACAUAUUGUACUCAGUUGCAAAUGCUCUGAAAAUAUUUUAACACUAUAUCAGAAAUUUUUAAGGAAAGUGUUCUUACAGAAUUAAAAGCAGUUAUUUUUCAUAUUAAAGAGAGAUUAUUGUAUUUUAAAUAUAAUUCCAAAUAAUAAACUUGUAUUUUUAGAUAAAAUAGCCACACUGAAAUAUAAUUUGCUACAUAGAAUUUACUGCAUAUUGACUGCAAUUUUCAACCCACAAAUGUACAUUUUUAUAUGUAUAUGCCUUAAAAGCAUGCAAAGUAACAGAAGGAUUGCAACUCAAUUUCUGCAGCUCAAAGUGAGUCUGUAAUAUGACUCUAAAUUAACCAAAGUGUUCCUAGAAUUAAUACUUUUGCUAGAUACUCAAAUUUAAUUGCCAGAAUGUACAUAAGUGUAUGUUAAUUAUUAGAAACUGGUCCUGGUCCAAGUUUAUUUACCACAAUUUUUGACUACAGAUGAGUUUUUGCUUAACAGAAAAACAGAGUUAGAAGGUACCUUGAAGAUCUUCUAGUCCAACCCCCUGCUCAAGCAGGAAACUCUAUACUGUUUCAGAAAAUGGUUGUACGGUCUCUUCUUAAUCUCUCUUCAUUUCUUCUUAUAUGUUUCUUACUUUCUCUGUGCUCAUUUUCUUAUAUUAUGUGCUAUUAUAAGGCCUGUUAAGCAAAUUUUGAUUAUAUCUGACCUACCAUUACCUUAUAAGAUUGUCAAGCCAUAUACUGAUACUAUAAUUUGUAGCAAAAUGACAGAUUUAUUAUAACUUGUAAAUUAGACUAUAGAGUUUAUUUUUUUCCAUUUGGAUCUAACAGAAAUGUGUAGAAAUUUUCCACUGUGCUGUGUGAAACGCAGGGAAGUAUAUAAGCAAUUUAAUAUUAAUACAUUGCAGUAUAUUGUCUAAGAUCAUUGUUAAGCCAGGCCAUUACACACACACACACACACACACACAACAGUCAUUAUCCAAUAUUAUCAAUGAAACUAGUAUUAUUGCCAUAUAUUUUGAAUUGAGUAAAAGCCAUAUAAUAAAUAUAAAUUGUUUAUAUAUUUUUAGAAAACUUCAAGUAUUUUUAAUUUCUAAAAAUAUAACUUUUUUCUCAUUACAAUGCAUUAUAAUAUUCUAACGGAGAUUAAUGUAUGUGUGAUAUUCAAAAUAAAAUUUCUAUGCAUAAUCUAAUCUAUAACUAACUCUGAACUUUAAUUUUUCAUAGUUGUAAUUGAUUUGUUUCAUUCUCUGUUUAAACUGUGUCUUGGUUAGUAUUAUUCAGCUUUUAAUUGUACUGUUUAUUGCAUCUAGAGCAGGGUCCCCAACCUGUGGGCUGCACAUGCAUGCACUCACCCCCACACACUCACGCUAGUGCCUCCCCAAACAUCCGCCUGCAUAGCAUCACCCUGCCCCAAGCAUCCCACCACCAUUGCCCCAAAUAUCUUGUCAGUGCUAGCACCACCCCCACCCCAAGCAUUCCAUCAGUGCUAACACUGCCCUGCCCCAAGUGUUCCCCCAGCACUAGUGCUGCCCAUAGGGUCCUGUCAGUGCUAACGCCGCCCCAUUUGCAGCACUCCCGUCCACACAUCCCCAUUUGCAUAUGCGCAUACGUUCACAUGCUGCUGUGUACAUGCAUUCACAUACAGCCGUUUGCAUGUGUGCACGCAUGCAUGCGGCCAUUUACACUGGCACACAGCGGUGCUUGCUUUCCUUUCCGGGCCACCAAAUCAAAAAGGUUGAAGACCUCUGAUCUAGAGAGUACAUUAGAGUUGAACUUAUGUCAUAUAAAUUGCUUUGUGAUUCCACUGCAUUUUAAUAUUUAGUGUCUAAUUGACUGUACUUGUAUAUAUUCUGAAAUGUGUGCACAUUCUUGAACAACUGUGUGAUGUCACAAUCAUAAUAAACUUCCUUGCAAAACAGA